GAGCCAGUCACAGCCCACACACAGACCCCGACUUGCGGCUGUCCAUCUCACUCACAGCUCUGGUCUCAUCCUCAACUCAACCACAACCAUGGCUCAGACACUGGCUCUGAGCCUCCUCGCCCUGGUCCUGGCUCUCUGCAUCCCCUGGAUCCAAGGCAGUGAUGGCGGAGGUCAGGAUUGCUGCCUCAAAUACAGCCAGAGGAAGAUUCCCUACAGUAUUGUCCGAGGCUACAGGAAGCAAGAGCCAAGCUUAGGCUGUGCCCUCUCAGCGAUCCUGUUCUUACCCCGGAAGCGCUCUCAGCCUGAGCUAUGUGCAAACCCUGACGAAGGCUGGGUGCAGAAGCUGAUGAAGCGUCUGGACCAGCCUGCAGCCACAGGGAAGCAAAGCCCGGGCUGCAGGAAGAACAGGGGAACCUCUAAGUCUGGAAAGAAAGGAAGGGGCUCCAAAGGCUGCAAGAGGACUGAACCCACACAGACCCCAAGAGGGCCCUAGCGCGGUGACCACCCUGGACCCCAGGAGAUUCCCCGUUAACUUCAUUAUGGCUCCAUGAGGGGCUAGGAAACAGGAAAGGCUCGGGAGCCCCAGAGCAGCCUUCUCUUGCUGGCCUUGUCACACCCUUGUCCUGCUUCAAGCGUCCUGUCUGCACGGUCAUCCCUUUCUUGUACGGCUGAGCUGCCUUCCCUGGGCCAGACCCGGAGAGUCAGAAGGAGGAAUGAAGAAGGAGACAGCAGGACUGUCCCCUCUAGGAGGUCACUCAGGUCCCAAGACCUGACCUUGCUCUCCGAGGUGCCUUACCCUUUUCCUUGCUAAUAUGAUUUAUAUCUAAUUGAAUAAAACGCUGUUCCAGCCCUCAACCUGAA